AAGCCACUCUGAAGGAAGAGCUCCGCAGAGCGGACGGGAGGCGGCGGAACGGCCCUGGGGACUUGCCUGCAGAGGAAGCAGCGGCGGCCGGAGCCCCGUGAGGGGCGGGGCCAAGGCGGCGCCGGGGGCGGGGCAGGCCCCGGGGUGGGGGAAGGACCGCGGGACGCUGCUCCAGAACUUACCAGGACUCCCCCGCGCAGUCCGGCCCUAGAGGCCCGCCGGACGCGCCAUGACCGCCGGGAGAGCCUGGGGCUGGGCCGCGGGGGUCCUCGGCGUGGUCUGCCUGCUGCUCCAGUUCGACUCCAUCAGCUGUGAUCCCCAGAGGAUGUUUGGAAUUGUGAACGAGAGCAUAACUUUCUCUGUAGCAAGGUCCGUACCCUUUACAGAGAUCAUGUGGACAAAAAGUAAGGAUAAAGUCAUCGAAUGGGAAGCAGGCUCUCCCGUCCACAUUUUCCCACCUUUUGUAGGUAGAGUUCAUUUAGACACCAUGUCAGGAAGCCUUACCAUCUUUAAUCUGACAUCAUCGGAUGAAGCUGAGUAUAGAAUCGAAUCUCCGAGCUUUGGUGACAUCUUGUUCACUCUGACUGUGAUUGAUCCUCUUCCAUCUCCAACACUAAAUUGUACCUCAACUGCUGAAGACGUUACAGUCCGUUGCAGGAUCCCGGAAUCUUACAACCACACAGAAUUUUUAAACUACUCAUGGAAUUGCUUUUCAGCACUGUGUGAAAAUAGCUCCGAUCCAUCUGAAGUGUUGAUUAAGAAGAAAAAUGAUCUCUCACAGGAAGUACAGUGUAUUGUUAGCAACCCAUUGUCCAAACAGACAUCAUCGCUUGCUUUAGCAACCUGUGUCCCAAACGGGCAGUCAAGGCACAAUUUUGUGAUUUUACCAGCAGUAGUCCUCGUAGCAGGAGUGGCAUUUUUUUUGCUGUUUGGAAAAGGUUGUCUGAACUGUGGCAGAAACACAGAGAGAACCGAGAAAGAGGCCAGAAGUGGCAGGAAUUCCGACGGUUGGUGCCUGGAAGAUGGUGGCCCCACCAGGUGUACGGAGGAGUCAGGCGCGGCUCUGGCUUGGGAAGCUGGCUGCUGGCCGGGACACGCCCAGGUUACCAGGGAGGCCGGCGGUGGCAGGAGGCCAUGCGGAGGGGGCUGGAGAGGGGGUGAGCAACGGUAGGUGAGAUGAGGAACAGGUGUGCCAGCAGGGAAGUGGGGAGAGAAAGACGACAUGGUGGCUAUUACAGAUUGGCGGCAGGAAGCAUGAGUGCGAGGGCAGGGCGAGAUUCCCGGUGGGGCUCUGCUGAGACCCAGCUGGUGACAGCAGAGGAGCGCCAUCAGAAGCAUGACUGCCGACGUCAUGCAAGGCAGGCUGUGAGCCAGAGGUGAUGGAGCAUCCCAGAGCUCAUGCCCUCGCCGGCUCCGUGAAAACGGAGGUUACUGCAGUGAGGUCAGGCACUGUGUUAGUUGAUGGUUUGAGAUCAUGUUCCCAGGGAGGCCUGACAUUGUGUGGGAUUCAGAGAAGGGAUACGUUAGGGCUCCCACCCUGGAGCAGCUUGUGGGCACACUGGAGAGAGAGGACGAGAACAUAAACAGAUAGAAGGGCGGAGGCACGGGGUAAUGGGCCAGAAUGUGUGGUGGGGAUGGUCAGGGCUGGGCAGCCAGCCGAGGGGAGGUAAAGAGGCCAGAAUCAUCAUGAAGACUCUGAGCGGGGGAGGAUGGGAGCUGGAUCUUCAGAGCAGGGGUGGAGUGGAAAAGGCAUUCUAGCCGGGAGAAGCAGCAGAGGCAAAGACAUGGAGGGGAGCUAAACCUCGUGGUUUAUUUGACGGAGAGAUUGGCCUACUUAGCAUCAAGGUGAGCAAGUGGCAGAAGAGUGAAGUCAGGGGCAUGAAGAUAGAACGAUAUGGGAAUAGGGAGCCAUUGUAGGCUCUUGAGCAGGAGAGUUACGAAAAGCAUGAAAAGCACUGCUUUGGGAUAAUGAGUCUAGGAAGGUAAAAAUGACAUCUGAGGGUGACGUCCUGGGGAGAAACCUGGGUAGCUUGGGGCUGGGUGUGGGAGCUCACAUUUCUUGGUGUAUUUUUGUUUACUCUUCAGAUUUUGUACUUUGUGUAUUUACUACCUAUUUAAUAAUAAUUUUUAAAUUUAAA